CGGGGAAUUUGUGAAAUUGGGAAAGAUGUUUCUCGUUUCAGCGAUGUAACAGCAGAGUACCAGUGGGGAGCAAUGGCUUGCUUUAGCCAAAUCUUCCUUAUUCUGAUGACUAUGAUGUCUUCUUCGUCUUCUCCUUUCUGUUCCGGUGGAAGUCGGAAGGAACUCCGAGACAAAGAAGAUAUGGGUAAGAGUGAUACAGAGGCGAGUUAUGUUUUAGGAUCUAAAUUUGUGGACCCGAGACGUGUUCUUCAACUUUCAUGGCAACCAAGGGUGUUCCUUUACCGCGGGUUCUUGUCUGAGGAAGAGUGUGAUCAUCUGAUAUCUCUGAGGAAGGAAACUUCAGAGCUUAACUCAGGGGAUGCUGUACAUGUGCCGGAUCCAAUAGUUGCUGGUAUUGAAGAAAAAAUUGCUGCGUGGACUUUCCUCCCAAAAGAAAACAGCGGCUCUAUCAAGGUAAGAAGUUAUACUUCUGAGGAGUCGGGGAAAAAGUUGGAUUAUUUUGGAGAGGAAUCGAGCUCGGUAUCUCGCUAUGAAUUUUUGCUGGCAACCGUCAUUCUCUACCUCUCAAACACAAGUCAAGGUGGAGAGCUUCUGUUCCCAAAUUCAGAGAUGAAAUCGAAAAAGAGUUGCUCAGAGACCGGCAGCAACAUCUUAAGACCAGUGAAAGGAAACGCAGUUUUGUUCUUCACCAGACACUUGAAUGCAUCUUUGGAUGAGACAAGCACUCAUUUGAGAUGCCCUGUGGUGAAAGGGGAACUGUUAGUGGCGAAGAAACUGAUCUAUGCAAAGAAACAAACAAGAAACGAUGAGGAGAGUGGGGAAUGCAGUGAUGAAGAUGACAGCUGUAGACAAUGGGCUGAGCUUGGGGAGUGCAAGAAAAACCCAGUCUAUAUGAUUGGCACUCCAGAUUACUACGGUACUUGCAGAAAGAGUUGUAACGCUUGUUGAUUCUUCAGUCUUAGGGACCAUAUAUCUCAGCAUAAUGGAAAUUGUUAAAACAUUUUCAAUACACUUGAGCUGUCUUUUUUAUUAUUUGUCAUUAUGAUGGAAUGUGAAUAUUCAAUGGGCGUUGGGGUAAUUAAAUCCCUCUUGACUGACU